AUGGGAUUCGUUGGAUUCGUGACUCAGGUCUCCAACGAUCCGUCGCCUUUGCCGGCUUGGCUGGACCAGCAGGAGCUUCAGAGUCUGCUCAAACAGGAGAUGGAUGACUUCAGGAGCAUCCAGACCAUUCGGGGCAAGUGGGAAAUGAACCUGGUGCAACCCACCUUCAGUGUCCAGCUCCAUGUUGAAUGUGCGGGAAACAUGAAAAGAGGCUUAAGUUACUUGGUGAAAUCCUCGGAGCCAACUCCCAGUGGUAGGAAGUUCCCCAUUGAAGGGGACUUCUCGAUGGAGCUGCGAAUGUACGAAGACAUUCUGCCCGCUCUAGAAUAUCUCUACAAGGACGCGGGACAGGUCAGUAAAUUACUCAGAGAAAAACACGGCAACUUCCACUGCCUGUUCUUGGACCAUGCCCAGAAAAGGGACUACAGUAUGGCCAAUACCCUUAACGGCCUGGAAAGACCCGCCAUGGAGGCAGUUCUAUCGAAACUAGCGGCUUAUCAUGCGGCCACAGCUCGCUAUAUACAGACGAGUUCCGAUAAGAAAAGAGUGCUUCCAAAGCUCGUGGAAGGUGGGGAAGGCGGCAUCGGCAAGCUGAAGAGCUUGCUUCAACUUAGAUUCCACGCCACACUCCACUCGCCACAGAAAGCGUUCCAGAAAUACGUUAGAGGACUCAUAGACCAUUCAGAUACUAGGAAUUCAUUCAAUGUUAUCCUGAUUGCGUCCUGUUUUCCCAACAACAUAUUGAACAACACUGAUGCUUUUGGCAACGUGAAGGACUCGCUCUUCGUUGACUUUCACGCCGCCAAAUAUGGACCAGCUGUCUACGAUCUUUUCAGCCUGCUUUUAACAAGAACACAGUACUACCACGAUCGGUUAACAGCUAAUUUUACCCUGCUCAAGUAUCGGGGCAAGCAGCUCAGCUUCACCGUGUUUUAUCUGGAUCUGCUGAAGUACGGCCACUGGGGUGGUCAGACAUCAUUUGAUAUCCAAACCAUAACUAAUACCUUGCUUGUAUCUUAUCGAUCGUUCUCGUACUUUGGCAGCGAUGACGCUGACAUCGUGGAGCUGUUCGGAAAUCCAUUGUUUUCGCUGCAGAUAAGGGAGCUUCUGCCUUGGCUGGAGAAUCGUGGCUACUUCGAAGAGGAAUAG